GAGAGAGUGAGUGAGACUCAGGGAAGCCCGUUCAGUGUUAGAGCUGGAUAUUCCUUCUUGCCUAAAUGUGUAUGGUCAUAUUCGCUCCGCUUUUUGCCAUCUUUGCGUUUGCAACAUGUGGGGGCUACUCGGGCCAGCUGCGGGUGAGCGUGGACUGCGUCGACAAGAUGGACAGCAACCUCAGCAUCGGCAUCAACUUCGGUUACCCUUUCAGACUGCACCAGGUGUCGUUUGAGGUGCCUACGUGUGAGAACAGGAGGAGGGAGCGCAUCUUCCUGGUGGGGGACUUCUCCUCUUCCGCCGAGUUCUUUGUCACCAUCGCCGUCUUCUCCUUCCUCUAUUCGCUGAUGGCCACUGUGGUGUACAUCUUCUACCAAAACAAGUACCGGGAGAACAACAGGGGACCUCUUGUUGACUUCAUAGUGACGGUGGUGUUCUCCUUCAUGUGGCUGGUCAGCUCCUCGGCCUGGGCCAAGGCCCUCUCGGACGUCAAGGUGGCCACGGACCCCAGCGAGGUGGUGCAGCUCAUGUCCGCCUGCAAGGUGCACGGCAACAAGUGCGGCUCCGUCUACCCGCCCAUCUGGUCCAGCCUCAACACAUCUGUGGUUUUCGGCUACCUGAAUUUCGUGCUGUGGGCGGGCAACAUCUGGUUCGUCUUCAAGGAGACGGGCUGGCACAAGGGCGCCGCCGCCCAGCGCUACCCAGGGGUGCCCUCGGAGAAGCAGUCGUCCAGCUUCAGCCAGCCGCCGUACAACCAGCCGCCCUACCACCACCACCAGCAGCCCUCCUACAGCCAGCCUCCGUACUCCCCGUCGCCCUACACCAACACCCUGGGCUUCAGCCAAGCCUACAUCUCCCAAGGUGACCUGACGCAGUCUGGCACGGUGGCAGACUACAGCCAGGUGGGGGGACGGCCCAUCUCGUACGUCGAGCAGAUGUGAUGGCAGCCUCCCUCGCCUCAAGGCCCGGGGUCGUCGACAAGGGCACGUCUCAUUAAGGAGUUUUAUAAUUGUGUCUGUAAUGAUUCAGCGCCAAGACACACCGCAGUGACACAUAGUUCGUUCAGAAAAUACUGAGGGCCAGACUUUGUGCCAUGUGAGUGGUUUAAGAAUCAUAGAAAGCUUUUGUUUCGGUUCAUACUAACAGUUUGUUGUUUAAUUUGGGUCUUUACUUACAUUCACUCACGAAGGACAAGACUUGUCUUAAAAGCAACACAGCGCUUUUUCUGGAAACACCUUCCCUUGAGUUAAAUAAUUGAGUUUUACCCUCUG